CUCAGAAUAAAACUCAGUGGCGGUCCUAUUGUAAUUUCUUUUACUUUCUUCAUAUAAGCAAGGGAAAUUCUUUACGGAGAGAUGGAUGGUGGCUAGCUGUGGAAUCCAGGAUAUAUGUUUCGCUGUAUUUGGGACUCGUCGGGUGGAUGUACGGAAAUGGGUUAAAGUCCCGGCGUGAACAACAACUCUUGUAUGCAAGUGCAUCCAGCUGACGAGUUGCAAAUAGGAUGGAAGGUGUUUCCUAGAUUUUAGUGAUAGCCAUCAUCUAACUUUGUGUAUAAUGCUUGUUUUACCUUAACAAAUUCACUUUUAUGCAUUCAUAUCUAGUGGAAAAUAAUUACCUUUACCUUUACCUUAAAUUAUGACACUGAGUAAUUUCUUUGUAUACAAUCUUCUAAAUGAAAGACCUACAGCUGCUACUGAGAAAGUUUUACAGUUAACCUGUCAGUUAGACUGCAUAUUAAAGACAUCAGAACGUUUAACUAGUUCAAUGCAUACAUCAGGCACUACUAGUCCAAUAAUGAAUGAAUUUACUUCGAACCAUGGUUUACUAGAAUCAUUUGAUUAUCCUGAAUCAUGUCGACAAUACUCUAAUCAAACUGGUGAAUCACAUGAUCAGUUGACAAAAGAUUAUUCACAUUGUUCACCGAAUUCUUUAUUAUCCGGAGAAUCAUCUCAAAUGGCUAUGAUUCAAAAUCAUUUAACGCGAGAACUUGAA